GUGAAACGUAACUCCACCCCCCGGCAUCCAUUUCUGAACGGAGGGACACGGCGCUAGCGAAGAGAAUCCUCGAUUUUAUGUAUAUUUCUUCAUGUAUAUCACUGUAGAUUAUCUUCAGAAAAUUCGCGACAUAAAACUGAAGUAGCCACUAGUCUGUGAAAUCGUAGCAUAUAUUAUCCGUUGAACCCGUUCGGACAGAGGCAAGAGUUGAAGCUCGCCUUUUAUUUCACGUUUAACUUUCCUAAGCGGCGUGUUCAGCCGUUUUUUUUUUCUUCUUCCUUUGCCCCGCUCACUCUCCCCCCCGGUGUGAGUAGUGGCCUGUAACGUUGAUUUAGCCACGAGGCGGGUCGGAUCAACCGGAAUUGGGCGAUGGCGGAGUUCGGUAACGGACUGGACUCAGGAAUGACGGAGGAAUCCCUACUGGACUCAGAUCCAGGGCACCCAGAACUAGAAGACCCGGGUGUUGGCGAUGAGGAGCCGGGAUUAGAGGAAGGAGAAGCUGCAAUUGAGGACCCGGAGCUGGAGGCAAUCAAAGCCCGGGUGCGAGAAAUGGAGGAGGAAGCAGAAAAGCUGAAGGAGUUACAGAACGAGGUGGAGAAACAGAUGAACCUUAGCCCUCCACCAGCCGGUCCCGUCAUCAUGUCCAUCGAGGAGAAAAUGGAAGCCGACGCAAGAUCAAUCUACGUUGGAAACGUGGAUUACGGCGCCACGGCGGAGGAGCUAGAAGCCCACUUCCACGGCUGCGGCUCCGUCAACAGAGUCACCAUCCUGUGCGACAAGUUCACAGGGCAUCCCAAAGGGUUUGCCUAUAUCGAGUUUUCAGACAAGGAGUCUGUGAGGACGGCCAUGGCAUUGGACGAGUCUCUGUUCAGAGGAAGGCAGAUUAAGGUGGGGGUGAAGAGGACGAACAGGCCAGGCAUCAGCACCACAGACCGCGGGUUCCCCCGGGCCCGCUUCCGCUCACGAGGAGGAAACUUUAACUCGUCACGUGCACGUUACUACAGUGGCUACGCACCGCCCAGGGGCAGAGGACGGGCCUUCAGGUUUCAGGACCAGUGGAGGCUGACAACCCCUCCUCCAGUGGCCGCAGCGCCCCCCAAUGUCUCGGCAGGGUCUCUCUCUCUCUCUGCUCCUGCUAUGCACACUCACCCCAUCCUGUCUGUGUGGGGGGGAGGGGGUCAGGGCGAUCACAGGGCCACUGCAGGGGGUGUUUACUACAACAAGCGUUGAGUUGACUUACUCACCCGGCACGCACUCACACAUACUAGGAACCACACACUUCAGACACCACACAACCAAACAACCACACAUAUUUAUAUAGCGAGAGCUAAUCAAGAUGGCAGCAGCUGUUUUAAUUGGGAGUGAGAAAGACCGGACCAGAUAAAGGGUGGAGGGGUUCCAGGGCCCGACUUUAACCGUGCGUAGUGCAGCCAAGGCUUGUCGAGGACUAGGAGUGGGGCUAAAGGCAUCGAUUUAAUGUAAUAGCCGAGAGGGGCGGAGCUUUUAUUUUAGGGGGGGGGGGGGGAUAGGGGGUGGGUUUGUGUGGAGAGGUUUGCAUUUUUGAAACGGGAGAGUGGGUUAAACAAAAAAAAAGAUGUUUAGCUUUUUUUGAUUUUUAACCCAUUAGUCUGUAAUUAGAAAAAAAUAAAAAAUAAAAUAAAGACGUUGU